CCGAGACGGACUCCGGACGGGCCGGGGCGGGCCCUGCUCCCCUCCGGACCGCGGCUAUCUUUAGCCCGGGCCCCGCGGGCUCGGCGCGAACGCGUGCCCGACGCAUUCGCCCCGCGCUGUUCCACCGACUCCGGGACGAGGCGGCAGUGUUCUUCGGCCCAGGAGCUGCCCAGGAAGCCGUCGUCGUCGACACCGUCCAAGAUGGCCUACCGCGGACCCGCUUACGGACUCAGCGCCCAGAUCGCCAGCAAGAUUGCGUCCAAGCGCGACCCGGAGCUGGAGUCCCAGAUCCUGGACUGGAUCGAGGAAGUGCUCGAGGCUCGGCUGCCGCAGGGACCCUACGAGGAGGUCUUGCGGGAUGGCGUCGUGCUAUGCAAGGUGAUGAACGCGCUGCAGCCGGGCAUCAUUCCGAAGAUCAACACGACGGGGGGCCAGUUCAAGAAGAUGGAGAACAUCGUCAUGUUCCAGAACGCGGCCAAGCAGUGGGGCGUGCCCGAGAUCGACGUCUUCCAGACGGUCGACCUCUGGGAGAAGAGGAACAUCCCCCAGGUCUCCCAGUGCAUCCUCGCCCUGGGCCGCGCUUGUUACCUGCACCCGGAGUACGAAGGUCCGUGCCUGGGGCCCAAGCCGGCCGAGGUCAACAAGCGCGAGUUCACCGAGCUCCAGCUCAGGGCCGGGGAAGGAAUCAUCAACCUGCAGUACGGCACCAACAGGGGCGCCAACGCCAGCGGCAUCAACUUCGGCAACACCAGGCACAUGUGAACUUGCGCCGACGCUCAGGCAGGCCGGGUAGUCCGCCGGAUAGUUCGCAGAUGCCUCCGCAAUCAUCUCCGACUAACCUGUGUUGCCGCCAGCGGUCCACAACAGCUGGCAUUGUGAAAGAACUGCUGCCACGUCUUGGCAUUCGUGAACUAGCUGGUGGUGUCGCUGCCAUCUUGAUGCUUCCGUGUACGAGAAAAUGUGCAACACCGAUGUACCGCAAUCACGCACGCUCACACCCACAUCUUUGCGGUACAAUAAAGAAUGAGGCAUUCU